GAAGUCGACGCCUCUUGGUGAGUUGGUCCAUUAUCAGUUUCUUCGUUCUCCAUUCUCCGUUCUCCCGAUACUAAAAUAUCACCGUGCUUCGGGGCCAUUGUGCUGCUAGAAGACGCAGAAAGCUUCCCUAAUAUGCCGCCGCGGCGACAAGCCCCAUCAUCUCCGGAGCCUCCUCCAAGAGGACCGGACACAAUCCGUAUUCUCAUAGCUACAGACAGUCAUGUCGGCUACAAUGAACGGGAUCUCCAUCGUGGCGACGACAGCUGGAAGACGUUCCAUGAGGUCAUGUGUCUUGCCAAAGAACAUGAUGUUGACAUGGUUUUACAUGGCGGUGACUUGUUCCAUGAGAACAAGCCGUCCCGAAAAUCCCUCUACCAUGUUAUGCGAUCUUUGCGGAUGAACUGUCUAGGAGACAAGCCUUGUGAGCUCGAGAUGGUCAGUGACGCUAGUGAGAACUUUGGAGGCUAUUUUGAUCACGUCAACUAUGAAGAUCCCGACAUCAACGUUGCGAUACCUGUAUUUGCGAUCCAUGGCAAUCAUGACGACCCGUCUGGCGAGGGAUCAUUCUCCGCGUUAGACAUACUUCAGGUGUCAGGGCUUGUCAACUACUAUGGAAGACAUAUCGAAACCGACAAAGUCUCAGUUAAACCAGUUCUGCUUCAGAAAGGCAAGACCAAGCUCGCACUCUACGGCAUGAGCAAUAUCCGCGAUGAGCGUCUAUUUCGAAACUUCCGGGAGGGAACUGUCAAGUUCUUCCAGCCUACAGCACAUAAAGAUGAAUGGUUCAACCUGAUGACUGUUCAUCAGAACCACCAUGCCUAUACGGACACCGGCUAUCUCCCCGAGAACUUCCUUCCCGAAUUCAUGGACUUCGUAGUCUGGGGCCACGAGCACGAAUGCAUUAUAGAUCCUACGUUCAAUCCAGAGAUGGGGUUCCAUGUCAUGCAGCCGGGCUCCUCAGUGGCUACCUCCCUCAUGCCUGGGGAGGCUGUUCCGAAGCACGUUGCAAUCUUAAGCAUCACCGGGAAAGAAUGGCACUCGCAGAAAAUUCGUCUAAAAAGCGUGAGGCCUUUCGUUAUGAAGGAAAUUGUGCUGGCAGAGGAGGAAGCAAUAAAGAGAGACAAGUUGUGGUUGAAGAGCGAGAAUCGGACGAAGAUCACGCAGCAUCUCGAGGGAAUUGUGGAGCAGCUUAUCGAAGAUGCUCAGAGAGAGUGGUUGGAGCUACAAGGCGAAGACCGCAGCGACGGAGACAUUGAAAUUCCUCGCCCGCUGGUGCGGCUGAGGGUCGAGUACACAGCUCCUGAGCCAGGGGAGUUCAAGUGCGAGAAUCCCCAACGGUUCUCUAAUCGGUUCGUCGACCGUGUGGCCAAUACCACUGACGUGGUGCAAUUCUACAGGAAGAAGCACACCGCUAAAGCCGCCCUGAAGAACAAUGCGGAACUGCCGGACCAGUCUGUUCUCAAUCAGCUGUCACUCGAUUCCGUGAAAGUUGAGAAGCUCGUCAAGGAAUUCCUAGAAGCACAAUCUCUUACUAUUCUACCUCAGAAUUCGUUCGGAGAUGCUGUUACUCAAUUUGUGGACAAAGACGACAAGCAUGCCAUGGAGAUGUUUGUGAACGAGAGUCUUGCCAACCAGUUGAAGCAUCUGCUGGAGACAAAUGAUGUUGACGAAGAAGACAUCGUGGCGGAGAUGGAGCAGUACCGGUCAAAACUCGAGCAGUUGUUCGCAUCCGGACAAUUGAAGAGAAAUAGAAAGCGGAAACUCAAACCGAAGCCAGAUAACUGGGACAGCGACAUGGAUGGGGAGUGGGCAGAUCAACCUGGGGCACUCAUUCAUACCGAUGCCGAGGACAAUAACGAUGACGAGGACCUCGCUGCAAUAGCACCAAAGAAACCCGCGCCGCGAGGUAAAGGCAAAGCUGCUACGGAAACCCAGAAGAAGAAGGCUCCUGCGCCAAGGAAAGCUGCACCGGCUAGAGGGGUCCGUGGGAAAAAGAAAGUGGUGGAGGAGGACGAGGAUGAGGACGAGGAAGACGAGGACGUUAUAAUGGUGGACGAUGAUGACGAGGAGGAAGAAGAGGAAGAAGAGACACUAUUUGUUAAGCCGACCAAGACAACCACGAGAAAGGCGCCAGCGAGAACAAAAUCCCCGCCGAAAAGAGCUGCAGGAAGAACAGCCGCUAAACAAACGACACUGAACUUCUCGCAGACAUCGACUCGGCGCAGUCAAGCUCCGGCGAGGGCAGCGAAGAGCAAGAGGGUACAGGAGCCGCCAGAACAGAGCGAUGACGAGAUAUCCGAUGACGACGACGCAUUUGAACCGGUAUCCGCCCAACGUAGCAGACGCAGAUAG